AUGUCCAAGGCCAACGACCUCCGGUCGGCCCUGACGCCCGCCCUCCUCGCCGAGGUGCGAGACUUUUGGUUCGAGCACCUCGCCGGACCGGACUCGCUCGUCAUCCCCGUCCGCGAGGAUAGCAUGCGCUGGUUCGCCGGCGGCGAGGAGCUCGACCGCCUCUGCGUCCAACGGUUCCAGCCGACGCUCGAGGCCAUCCGCCGGUGCGCCCCGACGUCGGGAGACGACAUCAUCGCCGCCGUCGAUCCCCUAGACCCGCGCGACUGGAUGAGCCUGCUCGUGCUGCUCGACCAGAUGCCACGCAACUGCUACCGCGGACCGUUGUCGGCCACGGCCUUUACCUUCUUCGACCCCCUCGCCCGCGACUUGGCCAUGGCGGCCAUGAAGCGCGGCAUCCCCGACGGCGCGCCGGUGAUCCGCUGGCAGCUCGCCUACCGCAGCUGGUUCUACAUGCCCCUGAUGCACUCGGAGGAGCUCGCCGCCCACGAGACGGCCGUGGCCGCCUUUGGCAAGAUGAUUGACGACGUUCGUGCCCUCUCGAGCGAGAAGGAAGGGCCCAAGGACGAGGACGAGUUCCGGGCCAAGGCGCGGACCGUCGUCCAGUCCAACGUCGAGCAGGCCAUCAAGGUGGCGAGCAUGAACGCCGACUUUGAGAAGAAGCACUACGACAUCAUCAAGCGCUUCGGUCGCUAUCCGCACCGCAACCCCGUCCUCGGGAGGGAGCCGACGGCCGAGGAGGUCGACUACCUUGCCAACGGCGGGGAGACGUUUGGCUAG